GCGCGUGCGUGCUUUAUGGCAAGAAGUGAGUUUGACUAAACUCACAUUACAGAUAGAAAUCUUUUAAACUCUAGACUACUCGUGGACGUAGAAUUCCGGGGCUUACAGGUUAAAAAGCGACCACCAUACUUAAGUGACCUAUCACUCUGAGCUUUGCUAAUGAAAAAAAUUCCAUCAUCAUUAUUUUUUUCAUUUUUGGAUUGUAAAAAUGAAUCCAGACAUAGAAGAAAGUGCAAGAUGUUGGGGGAAAGUACUUGUUAAACAGUGGAGCAUCUAACGACUCAUUUGCAAGAAGGUUUAAGGAAUUAAAACUGUUAUGCUUCGAUAUCGCUAUGCUAUUGACUCUCUAGCUCAUAGGUAGCCCUCCAAAACACGUUCAGCUUUCCAAAUUAUGGAAAUUUCGUGGAAAACGUUGACUUGGAUUCUGAGCCUCAUCAUGGCCUCAUCGGAGUUUUAUAGUGACCACAGACUUUCAUAUAGUUCUCAAGAGGAAUUCCUGACUUACCUUGAACACUACCAGCUAACUAUUCCAAUAAGAGUUGAUCAAAAUGGAGCUUUUCUCAGCUUUACUGUGAAAAAUGAUAAACACUCAAGGAGAAGACGGAGUAUGGACCUUCUUGAUCCACAGCAGGCAGUGUCUAAAUUAUUUUUUAAACUUUCAGCCUAUGGCAAGCACUUUCACCUAAACUUGACUCUCAAUACAAAUUUUGUGUCCAAACAUUUUACAGUAGAGUAUUGGGGGAAAGAUGGACCCCAAUGGAAACAUGACUUUCUAGACAACUGUCACUACACAGGAUACUUACAAGAUCAACAUAGUACAACUAAGGUGGCAUUAAGCAACUGUGUUGGAUUGCAUGGUAUUAUUGCUACAGAAGAUGAAGAAUAUUUUAUUGAACCUCUAAAGAAUACUACAGAGGAUUCCAAACACUUUAGUUAUGAAAAUGGUCACCCUCAUGUGAUUUACAAAAAGUCUACUCUUCAGCAGCGGCAUAUCUAUGAUCAUUCUCACUGUGGAGUUUCAGAUCUCACAGGAAGUGGCAAACCUUGGUGGCUGAAUAAGACAUCUUCUUUUCCUUCCUUACCAUCAAUCAAUGACACACACAAUCAUCACAGACAGAGAAGAUCUGUGAGCACUGAGAGAUUUGUGGAGACACUAGUAGUGGCAGACAAAAUGAUGGUGGGCUACCAUGGCCGGAAAGACAUUGAACAUUAUAUUUUGAGCGUGAUGAAUAUUGUUGCCAAACUUUACCGUGACUCCAGUCUAGGAAACGUUGUGAAUAUUAUAGUGGCCCGCUUAAUUGUUCUCACAGAAGAUCAGCCAAACUUGGAGAUAAACCAUCAUGCAGACAAGUCCCUCGAUAGCUUCUGUAAAUGGCAGAAAUCCAUUCUCUCCCACCAAAGUGAUGGAAACACCAUUCCAGAAAAUGGGAUUGCCCACCACGAUAAUGCAGUUCUUAUUACUAGAUAUGACAUCUGCACUUAUAAAAAUAAGCCCUGUGGAACACUGGGCUUAGCCUCUGUGGCUGGGAUGUGCGAGCCUGAAAGGAGCUGCAGCAUUAAUGAAGACAUUGGCCUGGGGUCAGCGUUUACCAUUGCACAUGAGAUUGGUCACAAUUUUGGUAUGAACCAUGAUGGAAUUGGAAAUUCUUGUGGGACGAAAGGUCAUGAGGCAGCAAAACUUAUGGCAGCUCAUAUCACAGCAAAUACCAAUCCCUUCUCCUGGUCUGCCUGCAGCAGAGACUACAUCACCAGCUUUCUAGAUUCAGGCCGUGGUACUUGCCUUGAUAAUGAGCCUCCAAAGCGUGACUUUCUUUACCCAGCUGUGGCCCCAGGUCAGGUGUAUGAUGCUGACGAACAGUGCCGUUUCCAGUACGGAGCAACGUCCCGCCAAUGCAAAUAUGGGGAAGUGUGUAGAGAGCUCUGGUGUCUCAGCAAAAGCAACCGCUGUGUCACCAACAGUAUUCCAGCUGCUGAGGGGACACUGUGCCAGACGGGGAACAUUGAAAAGGGGUGGUGUUAUCAGGGAGAUUGUGUUCCUUUUGGCACUUGGCCCCAGAGCAUAGAUGGGGGCUGGGGUUCCUGGUCACUGUGGGGCGAGUGCAGCAGGACCUGUGGAGGAGGAGUCUCUUCAUCCCUAAGACACUGUGACAGUCCAGCACCUUCUGGAGGUGGAAAAUAUUGCCUUGGGGAAAGAAAACGCUACCGCUCUUGCAACACAGAUCCAUGCCCUUUGGGUUCCCGAGAUUUUCGAGAAAAACAGUGUGCAGACUUUGACAGUAUGCCUUUCCGGGGAAAGCAUUAUAACUGGAAACCCUAUACUGGAGGUGGGGUUAAACCUUGUGCAUUAAACUGCCUGGCUGAAGGCUACAAUUUCUACACGGAGCGAGCCCCUGCUGUGAUAGAUGGGACCCAGUGCAAUGCGGACUCACUGGACAUCUGUAUCAACGGAGAGUGCAAGCACGUAGGUUGUGAUAAUAUUUUGGGAUCUGAUGCUAGGGAAGAUAGGUGCCGAGUCUGUGGUGGGGAUGGAAGCACCUGUGAUGCCAUUGAAGGGUUCUUCAAUGACUCAUUGCCCAGAGGAGGUUAUAUGGAAGUGGUUCAGAUACCAAGAGGCUCUGUUCACAUUGAAGUAAGAGAAGUUUCCAUGUCAAAAAAUUACAUUGCUUUAAAAUCUGAAGGGGAUGAUUACUAUAUUAAUGGUGCCUGGACUAUUGACUGGCCUAGGAAAUUUGAUGUUUCUGGGACAGCUUUUCACUACAAGAGACCAACAGAUGAACCAGAAUCCUUGGAAGCUCUGGGACCCACCUCUGAGAACCUCAUUGUAAUGGUUCUCCUCCAAGAACAGAAUUUGGGAAUUAGGUACAAGUUCAAUGUUCCCAUCGUUCGUACUGGCAGUGGAGAUAAUGAAGUUGGCUUCAUGUGGACUCACCAGCCCUGGGCCGAGUGCUCUGCUACUUGUGCUGGAGGUGUCCAAAAACAAGAAGUGGUCUGUAAAAGAUUGGAUGACAACUCCAUUGUCCAGAACAAUUUCUGUGACCCUGACAGUAAACCACCAGAAAAUCAAAGAGCCUGCAGCACUGAGCCUUGCCCACCUGAAUGGUUCAUUGGUGACUGGCUAGAGUGCAGCAAGACUUGUGAUGGUGGGAUGCGCACAAGGGCCGUGCUCUGCAUCAGGAAAGUCGGACCUUCUGAGGAGGAAACACUGGACUACAGUGACUGUUUAACACACCGGCCUGUGGAGAAAGAGUCCUGCAACAACCAGUCAUGUCCACCUCAGUGGGUAGCUUUGGACUGGUCUGAAUGUACUCCAAAAUGUGGUUCAGGAUUCAAGCAUCGGAUUGUUCUGUGCAAGAGCAGUGACCUUUCUAAAACGUUCCCAGCUGCGCAAUGUCCAGAGGAGAGCAAGCCUCCUGCUCGCAUCCGCUGUAGUCUGGGCCGCUGCCCUCCUCCCCGCUGGGUGACAGGAGACUGGGGCCAGUGCUCUGCUCAGUGCGGCCUUGGACAGCAGAUGCGGACUGUCCAGUGCCUCUCCUAUACUGGACAGGCAUCUGUUGACUGUCCAGAAGCUGUUCGGCCUCCAUCCAUGCAGCAGUGUGACAGCAAAUGUGAUAGCACCCCUCUCUCCAGUACUGAAGAGUGCAAAGAUGUGAACAAAGUGGCGUAUUGCCCACUGGUGCUGAAGUUCAAGUUCUGCAGCCGCGCAUACUUCAGACAGAUGUGUUGUAAGACCUGCCAAGGACACUGACCCGCAGAGAGCCAGACAGUCCUGUCAUUUCAUCAUGGAAACGCGUCCGUCAACGAGAGCCACCCAGAGGAAGCGGAUGGAUGUUCUUACAAAAGCAUUACCCUGUGGAAAAUGUAACCACUGGUCAGCCCCAGCUGACAGGAUUUCAAUAUUAUUUUAACUUCUGUGAAGUGGGAUUUAUUGAUCCAAAGUGCUGGACACGGUAUCAGGAGGGAGAUCUGAGAGAUCCAAACAACACAGGAAACUCGCUUACUGUGGAACGUUUGUGUUCUUUCGAGUAAAUCUAACAGCCUGUUUACCUCCUUGGACCAUUAAGAUAAUUUUUAUUAUGGACUUAGCAAUGACACUGAAUCCAUUUGUAUUUAAGACUGUUUAAAAUGUAGUUAUUAUGACUUGGUUAACUAUGAAAGUAGAAGAGAGUCAGAAUUCUUAAGUCAUAGCUUAAAAAUAUUUACUACCCUUUAUCGCACCACAAUAGCACCAAACUUAAAUUAUAAAAUGGGCUUUAAACUGUAAUUUAAGAAACAACUAUAAAUCAAAAGUAAUGAAAGUUCGUAUUAUUUUUCUCUGUCCCACUUACUUUCCUUAGGAGUAAGCCCUGUUCUGAGCACUGCUGUGAGCCAUGUAUUACUCUAGUAACAGUGAGGGGCUUGGUUUGAAGCCGCGCAGCCAUUGCUGCAGCUGCGCAUGUCUAUAAACUCAGUGGCCAGCUUGCCGUCGUGCAAGUGAAGCUGAGAUUUCCAUUAAAACUUUAAGAGAGAAACAUUUCCAUUUCAUGCAGAAGCCAGACCUAGGCUAUGGCAGAGACUGAAGCACCAUGCCCUUUGCAGCCAUCACGUGGGGUGGCGUACUCGAGUCACCCGGACUCCUUAGUGUUUACAUCCCCACCAGCCACAGAUCAGCUUCUGCCCUGCUGGGCUGUUGCAUGCAUGGUAAGCUCAUGGCGACGAUGCCAUGGGAAAGAUAAGCUGGCUCAGUAACAGCCACUUGCUGACAGCACGAUGGGUUCCAGAUGUCCCUUCUUUGAUAUGGUAGAAGGGCAUUUAUUUAUAUGAGAGCAAGUGUAUACGUGUGUGUAUGUGUGUGUGUGUGCAGACACUCCUGAGUGGGGGAAACAGGUGAGUUUGCUUGCAUAUAAAUGUGCUGUUUCUGUGAGUUUUAAAGUUGGGGAGGAUAACAACCAAAGAAGAAAAGCUCCACGAAGAGAGAUCACAAUAUAAAUUUAAAAGUCACUUGACCACAUCAUUUUUACAGAUAGUCUCAAUGGCAAUUAAAUGAGAAACCCGGUUUCCCGGGCGCAUCGGGUUCUAAAAAUCACACCUUACUGAACUGAAAUGACUAGCCUGGGUCUUCCCAUCUCCAAGCUUCACAAGUUGCCAUCAAAAGAUUCGACAAGUAGAUUUUUAAGGGUACUUGCUUACGCUAAUACGUCGUACUUGAACAUUUGUAACUUGUAGUAGGUUGUUGGUGAAUGUGCUUUCUGUCGAGCACACCUCCUUAAUCCUUCACAUGUGUGCCCCGUACACACAGCAUCGUCUAAAACAAACUAAACACCUACUUGGUAACAGAGAAUAUUUUCAUUUACGAGCAUGUCUCACUUAGCUACCACUGUGCUCUGAAGAUAGACUUUGGUGUGUCACCCAUGUGGUGACCUUAGAAAGGCUGUCACCAAAGGCCUCCUCAGCUUCUUACUUGCUAUGUACAGUUGGCCUGGAUGCUAGCCCACAGUCCAGUGUGACCAGCCAUAUCUCAUUCCCUGCUUCUUCCUCAGUAUCAUCCCCACGUUUUCCAGAGGAGGCCAACACCUCCAUAUAACUGCCCUGAGAAGACCAGCCUGAGUGCCAUCACCGCCAUUCCAGUAAAGGAAGGCAACACAUGGGAGCCUGGCCCAGACUUGAAUUCCCUUGGUCCUUUUCAAAGGACAGUUAACUUGGUGCUAAUGUGCCUGGUAAAAUAUAGGAAGACUGGCGAUCGCCGAGGCAGUUUACACAUAGGCUUGCUAUCCAGAUCUGAUAUUUUUUAAUCAACUUCAAUAUUAACUCAUGCUUAUAUUCCAAGAAGAUUUCCUACAGUACUUGUAGAAAACUGUAUUUACCUCACUUGGAAGCUAACACCGCAAGGGCUGACUCCCAGGUACUGUGCUUAGCUAGGAUAAGAGAUCAGCCUGAGCUCUCCACAGGAAGUGCAUUGGCAUUGCCGACAGGCUACUGCCAGGGGCCGCACAGCCUUCCUUCUGUGGGGGAAGCAAAGCAUGGGUAUAACAGGAUUCAACAUUCUCAAGUAGACCCUGAACUUAAUCCUGAGCAGGUUACACAAAGCAGAGAGCAUCUUUCAUAGCACAACACACCACCACUGCUACUGCAGCCAUCUCUGUUCUACAAGGUAGCGGGGAUCAGCAGCGGAGGCCGGGCUGCCCUGGCAAGCACUCCAAGUGUUGUGAGUUGUAUUGACUACUUAGGGUACCAGGGUACCCAUGGUUAGGAGCAGUGUCUGCCACUGGCAUAAAGGCCUCCCAAAAAAAGGAAUGUUAAAUAUACCCAAAUGAUUGAACCCCUAAAGGCAGGUAUGACUUCCCAAUAGUCCAUUUAAUUAGGAAUUUAUGUAUUUGAGUGAAUGUCUUAUAGGUAUCGUUAAUAAUGCAGAACAAAAUUACCUUUGUAUUAUUGUGACUAGUUGUUGCUUAUUAUUUUAUACUCGGUAUUAAUGUGGUACACUGUUACUAUUUUUGCUUUUGUAAAUUAUAUUCUAAUUUAUUGCCAUGUUUCCUAACACCUGUCCUUUAUUCAUUCUCCUGCUCGUAAUGGAAAUGAAAGUCAUUGCAACACUUGAUGGAGUGAAAUUUCAUACCAGGCACAGAUGUUUUUUUAACAUAGAUAAUUCAGUAAAUAAUAAAAUCUUCAGCUUGUAAAAGUGAUGCAGA